AUGGCGCUCCUGGUCGACAGACUCCGGCCUCGGUCUCUCGAGACUCUCACAUACCACAAAGACCUCUCAGACCGUUUAGCAGCCUUGGCUUCGUCGGCCGAUUUCCCCCACCUCCUCUUCUACGGGCCGUCGGGCGCGGGCAAAAAGACACGAGUGCUCGCGACGCUGCGGGCGCUGUACGGCAGUGGGGCAGAGAAGAUCAAGAUCGACGCGCGGCUGUUCACGACGAGCUCGAACCGCAAGCUGGAGUUCAACAUUGUGUCGUCGGUGUACCACCUCGAGAUCACGCCCAGCGACGUGGGCUCGUACGACCGGGUGGUGAUCCAGGACCUGCUCAAGGAGGUGGCGCAGACGCAGCAGAUCGACCUCGGGGCGCGGCAGCGGUUCAAGGUCGUGGUCAUCAACGAGGCGGACGGGCUCAGCCGCGACGCGCAGGCGGCGCUGCGGCGGACCAUGGAGAAGUACAGCGCCAACGUGCGCCUGAUCCUGGUGGCCACCAGCACGGCGGGCAUCAUCGCGCCCAUCCGCAGCCGCACGCUGCUCGUCCGGGUCGCGGCGCCGACGGAAGCCGAGAUCUGCGACGCCCUGGUCACGGCGGGCAAGAGGGAGAACUGGAAGCUCGUCCCGGCGCUCAACGCGCGCAUCGCCCGCGAGUCGGGCCGCAACCUACGCAAGGCCCUGCUGAUGCUCGAGGCCGUCUACGCUCAGCACCCGGAGCCCAGCGACAAAACGCCCAUCCCGCCGCCGGACUGGGAGCUGCUGAUCGAGCAGGUCGCGCGCGACAUUGUGCGCGAGCGCACGCCGCAGAUGAUCCUCGCGACGCGCGCCAAGCUCUACGACCUGCUCACCCACUGCAUCCCGGCCACGCUGAUCCUCAAGACCCUGGCCUGGAAGCUGGUCGCGCAGCCCGAGGUCGGCGACGAGCUCAAGGCCGACGUCGUCCGCUGGGCCGCCUUCUACGAGCACCGCGUCCGCCUGGGCAGCAAGGUCAUCUUCCACCUCGAGGCCUUUGUCGCAAAGUUCAUGCGCAUCUUCGAGGGAUAUCUCGUGGGCAUGGACUUUUGA